AUGGAAUCCCUUUUUCAUGAUGCAUUUGGGGAGGCUGGUUUGAUUAUUUUGGUGGAACUGAUUGAUGAACCUCAUCAGCAAAAUGAUGCAAACAAUGAUGGAAACCAAGACAACCAUCAAAACAUUGACAACCAGGGCAACAAUCAACAAGAAGAAAACCCAGGCAAUGUUGAAAACAACAGUGAUACAGAAAGCAAUGACACUGAUGGGGAUCAUAGUGAAACUGCUGAAAACAAUAGAAACAGCAGCAGUGUUAGUGACUUAAAUGGCAUAAUUGGAUGUCACAUAGACAUUUUCAAUGAUGGCAUUGUUGAAAAUAGUGGGGAAGGGGAGAAGACCCCCUGUCUGAAGUGUCUCAGAGGAGGUCAAGAGACGAGGAAGAACCAGAGCUUGAGGAGGGGGACAGUUGGUGGAAGGACCUCUCCGACAGCAGCAGUGACAGUGACAGUUCUUACCACAAAAUUACUAACAAGUAUACUGGAAAAAGUCCUGUCAAACAUCAAGGUGCAGGUCCAGAUCUUAGAGAAGAAGAACCGCAGCCAGGUCCUUUCAGGAAACGAUCAGGGGGAAGUGCUAGAGAACAAGAUGAGGGCCGCAAAAAGUCCAGAUGGAGUUCAGAGAACACCAUGA